ACCAGGGGGUCGAUUCUUGAAUCUCGUUAUAGCAUUGUCGUGUACGACAAAUCACGUUUGUCACAUGAAAUAUGUUUUUGUCUAUUCUUCAAUGUGUAUAUACGAAAAAGUUGUGUGAAAAAAUAUCGUGGGGGUAUGCGUGCCACGACUUUUUCAUAUCACUCGACUUUUAUUAUUAUCAUCGUUUAUCUUCACCGAAAUUGUUAAAUAGUACAUAUUUUUUUGAAGUUCAUGUUUAAAAAUGGAUGAUUUCAACGAUCUUGCAGCUUUAUAUAUUUUGAAUAUGGUUGAUGAAGAAGCUUCAUAUAACCCAAGACAUGGGUUUACAGUUAAGUAUGACCCAUUUACACAAUGUGAUCGUUUAUUUGUAAAAAAUUAUAGAUUAAGCAAAGAUUUAGUUCAACAGCUAUUAGCUUUAAUUACACCUUACAUUGAACCAGAAAGAAGGUCGUCAUCUAUAAAACUCUCCGAAAAGGUGUUUUUAGCAUUAAACUUUUUCGCAACGGGAUGCUAUCAAACGCCAAUUGGUAACAAUAGGUAUGUGGCUGUAUCACAACCCACUGUUUCCAGAUCUAUUAAUUGUGUGGUUGAGGCAUUGAACCACCCUAGAAUAUUAAAUGAAUGGGUUAAAUUCCCUAAUAAUAUGCAAAAGAUCAAGCAAAUUAGGAAUGAAUUUUUUAUUAACACUUCGUUUCCAGGAGUUUUGGGCUGCAUUGAUUGCACACAUAUUGCAAUUGUACCUCCUAACAACCAGAAUGCAGAAAUACCUGAGUAUAUUUAUGUAAACAGAAAAGGUUACCACUCAUUAAAUGUACAAUUGAUUUGUGAUUCUAAACUUUAUAUUUUGAGUGUGAAUGCAAAAUUUCCUGGCAGUACAGCAGACUCUCAUAUAUGGAAUUCAUCUACAGAUAUAAAAAAUAUCUUGGAGGAAUUGUAUAGACGUGAACACAAAGGCAUAUAUUUACUGGGAGAUUCAGGAUACGCCCUAAGACCUUGGCUUUUAACACCAUAUUCUGAAACAACAACUAACGAAGAAGAAAAAUACAACAAAAUGCAGAUGACAACACGAAGUAUAAUUGAGAGAUGUAAUGGUGUAUUAAAGGCUCGGUUCAGGUGUUUAUUGAAGCAUAGGGUAUUACACUAUACGCCGCAAAAAUCAGGGAAAAUUGUAAAUGCCUGUGUUAUUUUACACAAUAUGUGCAUAUUGGCUAAAAUUCCAGUUCCAGACAUGAAUGAUGAAAAUGUGGAAGAAAUUGAUUUUGGAAUUAUAAAUAAUAAUUAUCCUGAAGAUGGCAUUCGAGGAAGGAAUGUGAAUCCUGAAUUAGUUGAAAGUAGAAGAAUAAGAGACAAUAUAGCAAGAUGUUUGUACAAUAGGUAGUUUAGAACAGAAAACUUAUAUUUUGUAUAGCAUUAACAAUAUUAUAAAACUAUUAAGAUAAAAAAAAUAUCAUAAUUACCUAUUUGUAAGUAAUUUUAUA